AUGAGAAGUAUCCUCUUCUUACUAAUCACCCUGUCCCUCUUUCAUUCUGCAAAUUCAAAGUCUAUGCUUCUUUUGAAAAGGGGUGCUUCUAUAUCUGUUGAAGGCAAUACUUUUAUCACCUCCCCAGAUAAUUCUUUUACCUGUGGCUUUUAUGGAUUGGGAAGCAACGCUUAUUGGUUUGCAAUUUGGUUCACCAAUUCUAAAGAAAGAACCGUUGUUUGGACAGCCAACCGGGACAAGCCUGUUAACAGCCAGGGGUCAAGAGUAUCUAUUCGGAGAGAUGGAACCAUGGUCUUGACAGAUGUUGAUAGAAGCAUUGUAUGGCAAACAAAUACACGCACCACUGAUGUUUCUGCUGCUGAGCUUCUAAAUACAGGAAACCUCGUUUUGAAGAAUCCACGAGGUGAUAUUCUCUGGCAAAGCUUUGAUGUUCCUACUGAUACUCUUUUACCUUCUCAAAUAUUGACCAAGGACAAAAGAUUGAUAGCAUCCUUCAGAAAAGGAAGCUUCGAAUCAGGUUACUUCAAUUUAUAUUUUGGUAGUAACAACGUUUUAUCAUUGAUAACUGAUAGCCCUCAAAUAUCUAGCCUCUACUGGCCAAAUCCUGAUUAUGACGUCUAUACAAGUGGAAGAACCAACUACAAUGGUAGCAGAUUAGCAGUUUUAGAUGAUAUGGGCUUGCUUCAAUCAAGUGAUCAUUUUCAAGCCAAUGCCUCUGAUAAAGGAUUUGGGAUAAAACGAAGGUUAACAAUAGACCAUGAUGGGAAUCUUAGAAUCUAUAGUUUGAUUAAUUCAACAGGACUAUGGACAAUAACAUGGCAAGCAAUUUCACAACCUUGUCAAGUACAUGGGGCAUGUGGAAGUAAUGGUAUAUGUGUUUAUGCACAGAAACCCAAGUGUAUAUGCACUCCUGGGUAUGAAGUGAAUGAUCCAAGUGACUGGAAUGCUGGUUGUAAGCCUACAUUCAACCAAACCCUCUUGAAUUCAAAAGUAAAAUUCCUGGAGCUUUCUCAGACUGAUUACUUUGGGUCUGAUCUGUAUUACAAGCCGAAUUUUACAUUGAAAGCUUGCCAGGAACUCUGUAGAAGAGAUUCCGCUUGCAAGGGAUUUACCUACAGGACAUGGGGAAAUGGACAUUGCUAUGUAAAAAAUGAUCUUUUUAAUGGCUUUCAGUCUCCAGAUUUUCCAGGAAGUGUAUACAUUAAACUCCCGAGGAGUGUGAAAGUAUCAAAACCAUCAAUUUUUAAUGGUUCCAGCACAACGUGUGAAUCUCGAGAAAUAGAAAUUCCUGUAGGUUCUCCUUCCAUGUAUGCUUUUGCCAGAAGAACAGUGAGAUGGGUGUAUCUCUACUCAUUUUGCGCGGCACUUGGAGCACUUGAAUUGAUAUUUAUUUUAUUAGGCCGGUGGUUUCUAUUAAGGAAACAUGGUGUUCCAACUUCGGUUGAGGCUGGAUAUUGCAUGAUAUCCAGCCAGUUCAGGAGGUUUAACUACGCUGAACUGAAGAAAAUAACCAAUAACUUCAGGGAAGAGCUAGGACGAGGAGGCUCUGGCACCGUUUAUAAGGGUUCUCUGGCAGAUGAUAGACUGGUGGCAGUGAAGAGACUGGGAGAUGUUUUUCAAGCAGAGGACGAGUUCUUGGCAGAGAUUGGAACCAUAGGAAAGAUCAAUCAUAUGAAUCUUGUGAGAAUGUGGGGAUUUUGUUCAGAAGGGAGACACCGUCUCUUAGUAUAUGAGUUUGUCGACAACAUGUCACUUGACAAACAUCUCUUCAACUCAAAUUUUCUAGGAUGGAAACAAAGAUAUGCAGUUGCAUUAGGUACGGCCAAAGGUUUGGCCCACCUCCACCAUGAAUGUCUAGAAUGGGUUAUCCAUUGUGAUGUGAAGCCAGAAAAUAUUCUUCUAGACAAUGAAUUUCAACCCAAGAUUGCAGAUUUUGGGCUUGCAAAACUGUCCCGGAGAGAUGGCCCUGGUUCAGAAAUUACAAGAAUUAGAGGGACAAAAGGCUAUAGGGCUCCGGAGUGGGCACUGAACCAUCCUAUCACUGCAAAAGUUGACAUCUAUGGAUAUGGAGUUGUAGUCCUGGAGAUGAUAAAGGGAGUUAAGUUCUCAUAUUGGGUGGUAGAUGAUGCUGACGAUCAAGAAACUCCUCUUAAAAAUCUUAGCUGGACAGUGAAGGAAAAAGCUCAGUGCGGAAAUUCAUCUUGGGUAGAGAGCAUAGUGGAUCCAAGAUUGAAAGGAAAGUUUAGCAGAAAACAGGCAGCAACACUGAUUCAAAUAGGGCUUUCUUGCGUAGAGGAAGAUAGAAGAAAGCGGCCAACAAUGGCUUCAGUGGUCCAAACGCUCAUGGAAUGCGAAGACGAAACAGAAAUCAAAGUUCUAGACAAACUGGAAUUGAUAUAUUAG